AUGGAUGCGGAUGGUUCGGCACAGGAUGAAUCGGUGAGCGGUGGCCCCGGACAAGCGAACAGCGGUAGUAGCCGGGCGCAAAGUCCAUCGGCCUCAGCCACUGGCUCCUCAACAACACAGAAUGAUGUCCACACGCCCGUUGCUGAGAAUUGGUGCCACACACAGGUCAGGCUUGAUGAAGAAUCAAAGGAUUAUCUUUCACUUUAUUUAUUGCUUGUGCAGUGUGCAAAGAAUGAAGUUCGAGCGAAAUUCAAGUUCUCAAUAUUGAAUGCGAAAAGGGAAGAAACCAAGGCAAUGGAAUCUCAGCGCGCAUAUCGCUUUGUACAGGGAAAGGACUGGGGCUUCAAGAAAUUCAUUCGCCGGGAUUUUCUUCUCGACGAAGCGAAUGGUCUCCUUCCUGAAGAUCGCUUAAGUAUAUUUUGUGAGGUCUCGGUUGUUGCUGAAACGGUCAAUGUUACGGGGCAAUCGAAUUUGAUGCAGUUUAGGGUACCGCCGUGUCGGUUAUCGGAGGAUAUGUCAAAUCUUUUCGAAAAACAUUGUUUUUCGGAUUGCCUCCUCGUAACAGGAUCGAAGGAAUUCCAUGUACACAAAGCAAUAUUAGCAACGAGGUCGCCGGUGUUUGCCGCAUGUUUUGAGCACCAGAUGAGUGAGUCGCAGUCGGAUCGUGUUGAUAUUGAUGAUGUUGAGCCGGAGGUGAUGAAGGAGAUGCUGCGAUUCAUGUACACCGGUACGGCGCCCAAUCUUGAUCGUAUGGCCGACACUCUAUUGGCAGCUGCUGACAAAUACCAGCUUGAUAGAUUGAAGGUAAUGUGCGAGCAAGCGCUGUGUUUAAAUUUGACGAAUGAGAAUGCCUGUGAGACACUGAUUCUUGCCGAUCUGCACAGUGCUGAGCAGCUGAAACAACAGGCCAUUGAUUACAUUGUAUGGUUUUUUUUCUUUGCAUAA